GCGCAGAUCCGGAGAGCGCUGAGGCCCCACGGCCACUCCAAAGGACCCGAUUGGUCUCCGGGGCCAGGAUGACGCCGGUCCGGUACCGGCCAAUGAGAGCGAGCCUCGCGCCGCGGGAGCGCGUCCGGGCCGCGGCGGCGCGCUCGAGGGGCCGGGGAGCUAUGGCGGUUGCCGGGGUGGGCCUCAGCAGCGUGGUGGGCGGUAGCGGCGGGGUCGGCACGGGCGCCGGGCACGACGAACUCUUGGCCCGCCAGGGGGUCCAACAAGCGCGGAAGCGCCCCGCAAGCCCAACUGUCAGGCCCGAGCAGUUCGGGCAGCUGGGCAAGGAGCUGCGGGCCCAGGACUGCCUGCCUUACGCCGCCUGGUGCCAGCUGGCCGUGGCACGCUGCCACCAACGCCCACGGCCCGGCGAGGCGCUGGCCCUCACCGAAGCGGCCCGCCUCUUUCUGCGGCAGGAACGCGAGGCCCGCCUGCGCCUGGCCUGCGCCGCCGCCUACGGCGAGCCCCUGCAGGCGGCCGCCAGCUGCUUCGCCUUCGCCGUGCGCCGACCUGAGCUGGGCCAGCCGGCCGCGGCCGCCAGCCUGUGCCUGAGGGCGGGCCCCUGGCGCCCCACAGCAGCUGGCCCGGCCGCCGUGCACUUCGAGCGCGCGGCCGAGCUGCAACUGCCUCUGUUGCCGUUGGAGGCGCUCCUGGCGCUCGGCGACGCGGCCUCCCGGUGGGCUGACGCGGGACCGACGGCGUUGAGCUCUUACACGCAUGCAGCGCUGGCCGGGAGCGAGCGGCGGGGCGGCGGGCGGGCUGGGGCCCGCUGUUGGGGGCGGCGGGGGGCCCCUGCGGUCGGGCGGGGGCCCGGCCAGGGGGCCUUCUGGGACGGGCCGGUCCAGUGUGAGGUGUCGGUGCGUGCGCUGCUGCUGCAGCCCCCGCCGCCCAAGCUCCUGCCCGAACACGCCCAGACCUUGGAGAAGUACUGCUGGGAGGCCUUCGAAGGCCACUGUCAGGACAGCAUCUGCCCCUUGCCCGAGGAGCUCUUCCUGCUGCUGCAGUCCCUAGUCAUGGCCGCCCACGAGAAGGACCUGGAUGCCAUGAGAGUGUUGCAGGGGGAGCUCUGGCCACUGCUCAGUGCCGAUCAGAACCACCUGCUGCACCUGAUCCUCCAGGAGAUGGUCGCCCCUGCCGGGCAGGGCAUCUGAUGGGCAUCCCUCACUGCCAGUCCCCAUCUCCCAGGCUCAGGGGGUGCUCUGCUCUCAGCGGCUUCAGGACUAACCGCCUAGCCGCUCGAGAGUCAGCCUCGGGAAGACCAAAGGAGAUUUCUCUGAAACCCUCUCCUUCCCGUUUAGGUAGCUCUACCUUACAUCAAGGCAGGAAGUAAGCAGGAAUCAUGGAGGGGCCACCGGCCGUCACACUGAACCCUUUAGGCUUUUGGAGCUCAUUUCAGUGCCAUCCUUGUAAAUCUGGAGAGCACCAAAUGGGAUCUUCACCCCGAGCUUUCCAUGUCCUAGUCCCUCUUCUCCCCAACUCAGAAAUUUUACCUCCUAAGCAAUUAUCUCAUUAUGAUUAUCAAAUGUUGGACUGGCUGGCUAGACCUAAGUAACAAAAUCACCUGUUUUGACUUUGCUUAAUGGAAUUUUCAUUCUUUGUAAUCAUCAGCUGGAGUAAAGGAAAAAGGUUUGGCCAGUUCUUUUUACUAGAGAGUCACUUGUCACCCCAAUCUUGGUAUUUUCACUUGUUAUUUUGGCUUCUGAUUACAUGAUGAUGCUUUUUUUCAAAUGCUACUUUUUUCUUUGGGUACCCCUUCUGUGAAAUGGGAAUAAAGAAUAAUUCCCUUACCUGAACGUUGUCUCUGGUAGUCCCCCUUAGGAUCUGUCUAAUGCAUCAUUUCCCUCAUAGGCUGUCUUUGUGGUAGCUUGUUAGCUUCGAAACGAUAUCAAUGUGCAAGCCAAAUCUUAGUAUUUAUAGUAGAUGAAUUUUCUGAAAUUAACUUAUUACACUUGAUUCACAUUUGUGAAGUUGUAGUAUUUAUGUAUCUGCAAGAUAGUAUGUAUUAAAAGUGACUUUUUAAAAUGAAACACAAUCCAGUAAUUGUGUAUGACAGUGUGGAGCAGUGGGAAGAGUGUUGGGUUUGGAGUCGGUGCACUUGGGGUCUGGCGUUGCCUGUGUGACAUCGGGCAACUCCCCCGGCCCCAGUUUGCCUUCUGUAGCACAAGAAAGCUGAGGUCCCGUCUUACUGGAAACUUAAGUUCCUGUGAUCUUUAUUAUGGGACCAGACAUUGACUAGAACAGAUGUUAUGCUGAAGAUGACUUUUCUCUCAAAGAUUCAGCUUUGCAAAUUUACCUUUUCUACUUGUGCAUUUUUUAUGACCAAUUCAUCAUAGCAAGACACCUGAGUUCAAAUCCUGCCUCUCUACAUUUAAUAGUUUCUGAACUGCUGCAAGUUACACAGCCUCCCUCAGGCUGGCCCAAUCUAGAAAACAGAAAACUUAAUUCCUGUCUGCUAGCAUUGUUAUACACGAGGGAAAAGGGGCAUCUGAUUUCAUUUUCUUGUGUAACUUUCCCUAUGUUUUAACCAUAAACAUUGGGGAGACGGCUUUUCUGAGAUUUGUAGAUUCCUAACUCCCAGUAUCAAUUAAGUGGCACACAAUUAUAAUUUAAAUAUGAACUUUACUUUUUAAAAAACAAUUUCCUCACGCUUAGAGUCAAAGUUUCAUGUGUUCAUGAUAUAAUAAUCAGUAUUCCUGAUGAGCUUUAAAGUAAAUUGUUUUUUCUUUGAUGAUGGAAACUAUCAAGAGUUACAAUAAUAACAAUUCCCUCCCAUCCCAAGAAGGGAUUAUUUGGUGACCCAAGUCAGGGAAGCAGUUGAAGCUUAUUUGGGACUGUAGAUAGAAAUCCAAGGCUCAGUAAAUGAAGUGGCCACUUCUGAUUGGCUGAAGUUUGUUUAUUUUGAAAACCUAAAGAGCUAAAAGUAAUAUGAUGUAAUCGAAAAAAAGUUUUGGAUUUGGAGCCAGAAGACCUGGUUCUACAUUCCUGGCCAUACUUAAUGCCCACAUGACUGGGCCAGUCCCUUGCCCUCUCUAGCUCCAGUAACCCCAUUUGUAAGAGGGGCUUAACCUUUGAGGUAUGCUAGGACCUUAGGACAUGAUCUACAAAUGGAUUUCUGCACAAAUACAAGCUGGGAGGGGCGUGGCUGUAGAGCAGUUCACAUGAAAAUAACCUGAGGGUUUUCGUGAAUUACAAAUAGUCAUCGGCAGUGUUA